AUGUCACUAGAAAUCCACCUUUUAGCAAUCCUCUUCCAAGAGUGCAGUUUCUGCAAACAUACCGUGAUUGCAUUAUGCUGCAUCGUAGUCCUAACAAAUCGUGCUAAGAACCAGAGUGCUUCCAAGCAAUAUCCCUCGGAGACAGUGGGAAUGCUAGACAUGGGUGGAGCUAGCAUGCAGAUUGCGUAUGAGGUUCCUGCCGAGGUAGUUGUCUCAGAUGACCUGAUAAUGAACUUUACUGUUGGCCAGAGGAACACCACGAGCCGGCGAACCUAUCGAGUCUACGUAAUGACCUUCUUGAGCUACGGCACACAUGCUACUAGUAGCCGGUAA